AUGGAGUCCCUCCCCCGCGACGCCCUCCACCACAUCUUCUCCCUCCUCCCCCUCCGCCAGAUCAUCAUCUGCCGCUGCGUCAGCAAGCACCUCCACCACCUCCUCACCUCCCCCUCCUUCCUCUCCUCCCCCUCCCCUCCCCUCCACCUCCUCGCCCUCCGGCCUCCCCACCACCGCCACCACCACCACCACCUCUCCUCCCUCCACCUCUUCGACCCUUCCCUCCACCGCUGGCUCCGCUUCUCCCUCGACUUCCUCCCCUUCCGCUCCCCCCACCCCGUCGCCUCCUCCUCCGGCCUCCUCUACCUCUGGGCCGACUCCCCCUCCGACUCCUCCAAGUCCCUCCUCCUCUGCAACCCCCUCACGCGCCGCUUCCGCGCGUUGCCCCAGCUCGGCUCCGCCUGGUCAAGACACGGCUCCGUCCUCGUUGACUCCGCCGGACGCGUCAUGGUCCUCACCGAGCUCGCCGCGCUCUACUUCUCCGCCGGAGAGGACGACCGCUGGCUCAAAUUCUCCUCCAAUCUCCCGUCCAAGCCGCGCAGCCCGAUCCUGGCGGCGGAGGAGUCGGUCUUCGCUCUCUGCGACGUCGGCUCGCCGUGGCGGAGCCAGUGGAAGCUCUUCGCCUGCACCGUUUCGAAGCUGCGGAGCUCGCAGCAGUGGACGAGGCUGGAGAAGCCGGAGUGGGGGGACGUGUUUGAUAUCUUGAAACGGCCGCGUUUGGUGAAAGGAAAUGGCAGCAAGAUUCUGAUGGUUGGCGGUUUGAAGUCGUCGUUUUCGCUCAACUCGUCGUGCUCGACGAUUCUGAUACUGAGGCUCGAUUUGGAGAGCUGGGAGUGGGACGAGGCCGGGCGGAUGCCGGUGGAGAUGUUUAAGUGUUUUCAGGAGUGUAGCAAGUUCAAGGUGUUUGGUGGAGGCGACAGGGUUUGCUUUUCGGCCAAGAGGUUGGGGAAGUUGGCUUUGUGGGACAAUUGUGAAGGGAAAGCAGAGUGGAAGUGGAUUGAAGGCGUUCCCGGGAGUGGCGAUGGGCUUUGCAGGGGGUUUGUUUUCGAGGCCAGGCUUACCCCAUUGCCUUGAUCAGUUCAGUCAAGGUUUCGGCUUGUGAUGCGAGCUAGAGGUUGGUACUUGUUUACUGAAAAAAACACUCCAUUGUUGUUGUAUUAUCAUUGAAUUCAAGAACCUGUGGUAUUGUUAUUUGAAUUCGUUAGUGCAAAUGUCUAGGUAAAUAUUUUGAAAUUGUUACUCCUGUAUGUUUUCUAUAUUAGCCUCGUUUUAUGUGUC